AUGGGGGCUGCAGUGGCGGCGGCGUGGCUGGUCCUGUCGGCCGCGGCCGCGACGCAGCGGCAGCAGGACUUCUACGACUUCAAGGCGCUCAACAUCCGGGGCAAGCUGGUGUCGCUGGAGAAGUACCGCGGCUCGGUAUCCCUGGUGGUGAAUGUGGCCAGCGAGUGUGGCUUCACGGACCAGCACUACCGAGCCCUGCAGCAGCUACAGCGGGACCUGGGCCCCCACCACUUCAACGUGCUUGCCUUCCCCUGCAACCAGUUUGGCCAGCAGGAGCCUGAUAGCAAUAGGGAGAUUGAGAGCUUUGCCCGCCAAACCUACAGUGCCUCUUUCCCCAUGUUUAGCAAGAUCGCAGUCACUGGCGCUGGUGCCCACCCUGCCUUCAAGUACCUGACCCAGACUUCUGGAAAGGAGCCCACCUGGAACUUCUGGAAGUACCUCGUGGCCCCAGAUGGCAAGGUGGCUGGGGCUUGGGACCCAACCGUGUCGGUGGAGGAGAUCAGGCCCCAGAUCAACGCGCUUGUGAGGAAGCUUAUCCUGCGAAAGCGAGAAGAGUUAUAA